AUGUCAGAGGAGGAGGAGUUAUAUCUGUUCAAGAACAUCUCCUCGGUGGGGCCGUGGGAUGGGCCUCAGUACCACAUCGCACCUGUCUGGGCCUUCCAACUCCAGGCAGCCUUCAUGGGCAUUGUCUUCAUUGUAGGGAUGCCACUGAAUGCCGUGGUACUUGUGGCCACAUUGCGCUACAAAAAGUUGCGGCAGCCACUCAACUAUAUUCUGGUCAAUGUGUCCCUUGGGGGCUUCCUUGUCUGCAUCUUCUCUGUCCUCCCCGUCUUCAUUGCCAGCUGUCAUGGAUACUUCAUCUUUGGCCGCCAUGUUUGUGCUUUGGAGGGCUGCCUGGGCUCUGUAGCAGGUCUGGUAACAGGCUGGUCACUGGCCUUCCUGGCUUUUGAGCGCUACAUUGUCAUCUGUAAGCCCUUCGGCAACUUCCGCUUCAGCUCCAAGCAUGCACUGAUGGUGGUCCUGGCCACCUGGAUCAUUGGUAUUGGCGUCUCCAUCCCACCCUUCUUUGGCUGGAGCCGGUUCGUCUCUGAGGGCCUACAGUGUUCCUGUGGCCCCGACUGGUACACCGUGGGCACCAAAUAUCGCAGCGAGUACUAUAGCUGGUUCCUCUUCAUCUUCUGCUUCAUUGUGCCUCUCUCCCUCAUCUGCUUCUCCUACUCUCAGCUGCUGGGGGCCCUCAGAGCUGUCGCAGCCCAGCAGCAGGAGUCAGCUACAACCCAGAAGGCUGAGCGGGAGGUGAGCCGCAUGGUGGUAGUGAUGGUGGGAUCCUUUUGUCUCUGUUAUGUGCCCUAUGCUGCUCUGGCCAUGUACAUGGUCAACAACCAUAACCACGGGCUGGACUUACGGUUUGUCACCAUUCCUGCCUUCUUCUCCAAGAGUUCUUGUGUCUACAAUCCCAUCAUCUACUGCUUCAUGAAUAAGCAGUUCCGGGCUUGCAUCAUGGAGAUGGUGUGUGGGAAGUCCAUGACAGAUGAGUCUGACACCUCCCAGAAAACAGAAGUUUCUACUGUCUCUUCUAGCCAAGUUGGCCCCAACUAAAGAGCUGUAUUGGCCUAUUUGCAGCAACCAGGAUUUUAUAUUUAAGGAAAUUUCUACUUUCUUGGUCAAAAACCAAACUACUAACAACACAGAACACAGAUGGAAAGGAGAGUGAUGGAAUU